AGCUCUAUGCCUUUGCAGUCGAACAAAUGUGGCCUACUGAACGCAGACAAAUAAAAGUUCGUUAAGAUCCGUUAGAAAAUGUCGAAGAUCAAGCGUUAUUUUACAAAAAAGAAGGAGGAGGUCGCCUUCAGGCUGCGACUGCGCAGCGGCAUGGGCCAGGGACGACAGCUUAACUCGGCCCAGCCGUAUGCAACGCCGAGCAUCCUGCGCCGCAUCCGGGAUGCCCAUGUGCCGCCCCAGCGCAACCAGCAGCGCGACGAGACGAGCGCCGCCGCCGCCGCCGCCGCCGCAAACGCCGUGCUGGCGAGCAUGUUGCGCAAGUAUAGUUCGCCAGGAGUCAGCAUUUCACAGGCGGCGCCAAAGCCAAAGCCAGAGCAGCGGGAGCUGGCGUGUGAGGGCGUUUUCUUUCGCUGCCCAGAGCUGAGCCCGGAAGUGCUGUCCAAGCAGUCGUGGCAGCUUAAGAUCAAGGACAUGCUCCAUCGACAGCUGGCGAACGAACGUGGCCUGGCCGGCUGCCUAAUCAUACACAAUUGCAAUCCAAUAAAGGAGGCCGGCGACUGUCGAGACGCACUCGUCAACUAUUUGGAGUACCUUAUCCACAGUCCCGGCGACGAGCAGUUCUCAAAAAUCCGCAUGUCUAAUAGUAUAUUCAAUGACAAGGUGCGCCACGUGAAUGGCGCUCUGGAUGUGCUCUAUGCCGCUGGCUUUGAGCAAGUCGACAUUAAUGGCGAGCCGUUUCUGGUCUGGAGCAAGGAGCACAUUGAAAUGGAUCUGGACAUGCUGCUGGAUACUCUGAAGCAUACACAGCCCAUAGAAUUGAUAUUGGAUCGCAAUAAAAAGGUGCUGCAGCCCAUCCGGCAGAUUCCCAUUCAGCUGCCCGACGAUUUCUUUCGCAUCUCAGCGAAGGACACCAGCGAGAGCAUCCAAAUGCCGGAUAGCAGCAUAUACAGCUGCACGCUGAUUCGCAUCAAAUUCCCCAACGGACUACAUCUGCAGGGCACCUUCGAUGUCAACGACAAGGUUGCCGAUAUUUUUGAUUUCGUCCAAUCCUGCCUGACGGAUGUGACCCUUCAGUUCGACUUGGUCGCCAACAUAGCGGGCAAACUCGAUGGCGGCGACAUGGACAAGACCCUCUACGAUUGCAAGCUCAUCCCAAAUGCCGUGCUACUCUUUGUUGUCCCAGGCCUGGACGAUUCCCUGGCCCUUGGCUCCGCCUUCAUAAAGGAGCAGCAGCAGCAGCAGCCCUUGUAGGCAGUUCCUUUUAUAUUUUUAUACUCUCUUCUACAGACACACACACACAUACAAGCAGCAAGCACACACACACACGCACACACGCGCCACCCUAUACAUGGCCCGAUUACGGAUAUCUCCAUUUGGAUCGCGUCCAUUUCGUCAAAUCGUUUCGAAAAUGUUAAACAAAUAAAGUUUCAUUGGCAGAGAAA